AUGGCCGCUACCAGGACAAAAGCCUCCGUUCUUCAUGGGGCUCGAGAUCUGAGAUUGGAGGAGCGAGAUCUGCCGGCUUUAGGCCCCGAAGAUGUCCAAGUGGCCAUCAAGACAACGGGGCUCUGCGGCUCCGACCUGCACUACUUCAACCACUACCGCAACGGGGACAUUUUGGUGCGGGAGCCCCUGACUCUGGGCCAUGAAUCAGCCGGCGUCAUCACGGCGGUGGGGUCUGCCGUCAGCACCUUGCAAGUUGGCGACCACGUAGCGCUUGAGGUCGGCCAGCCCUGCGAGCAGUGCGAGCUGUGCUUGGGUGGCAGGUACAACAUCUGCAGGCAGAUGAAGUUCCGGAGCUCGGCAAAGGCGUUUCCUCAUGCGCAGGGCACCCUUCAAGAGCGUAUCAUCCAUCCGUCAAACUGGUGUCACAAGCUCCCAUCGAGCGUCUCGCUGGAGCUUGGCGCCCUCGUGGAGCCUUUAUCCGUUGCUCUGCACGCCUCGGACAGGGCUCGUCUUUCGUCUGGGUCUACGGUCCUGGUCUUUGGUGCGGGGACUGUCGGUCUUCUUUGUGCCGCCAUCAGCAAAGCAGUCACCCAAUCCAAGGUGGUCAUUGCCGACAUCCAGGAAGAGCGUGUGAGGUUCGCCGUCGAGAAUGGCUUUGCCGAUGCCGCUGUCGUUGUGCCCAUGAAGCGGCCCGAAACGGUUGAGGCGAAGCUGGAGUUUGCAAAGGAGGUGGCCGAGCUUGUCAAAUCAACCGAGUAUGGUGACAGCCACGAGCGUGUGGGUGAGGUUGACGCCACGUACGAGUGUACAGGCGUCGAGGCUUGUCUGCAAGCUUCUAUCUUCGCUACUGCACCCGGAGGUAGAAUAAUGAUCAUCGGCAUGGGGAAUCCCGUCCAGACGCUUCCCAUAUCCGCGGCCGCCCUCCGCGAAGUGGACCUGGUUGGUGUCUUCCGUUAUGCCAACACCUACCCCCGGGUCAUUGAGCUGCUGGCCAGUCAGAACCCCAGGCUCCCGGAUUUCGGGAAGCUUAUUACGCAGCGGUUCAGCGGGAUGGAGAGCAUCCCAUCAGCCUUUGAUAUGGCUGCGAGGGUGCGAGACAACGAGGGAAACUUGGUGCUUAAAGUCAUGGUUAACAUGUGA